CACGUUCUGGAAGGCCGUCUCCCGGCGGGCCGCGGCGCGCCGCGCUGCCCCUCGGUGCGCGCCCCACUAUGGACCGCGGGGGGGACGAGCGGCACAGGACGAGGAGGAGCAGCUGCGCGCCACACAAUGACGGACGACAGGGGAACCGCGCCGCGCGCCCCCGAGGCGCCUCGGAUGCGGGGCGAAGGCGAGAGACUUCGAACUUUUGGGCGCUGGCCCGCGGACGCGCCCGUCACCUCCGGGGAGCUGGCCGGCGCGGGCUUCUUCUACCUGGGCCCCGGGGACGAGGUGCAGUGCUUCUGCUGCGGGGGGGUCUUGAAGUGCUGGGCGCGCGGGGACCGCCCCGCCGCGGAGCACCGGCGGCACUUCCCCGACUGCGGGUUCGCGCUGGGUCGGCCCGCGGGCAACGUGCCCCUGCCGGCGGGCUCCUCCGACUCCGUGGACGGCCAGCUGUUGAGCCAGCUGCAGAGGAUGACCAUGGACGAGCAGGGCACGCCCGGGCAGGCCGUGCACCCGCAGCUGGAGGCCGAGGACACGCGGGUCACCACCUUCCACAACUGGCCCGCAGAGGCCUCGGUCCAGCCAGAUGUUCUUGCACGGGCGGGAUUCUUCUACACAGGCCACGGAGACAACGUCAAAUGCUUCCACUGCGACGGGGGGCUGAGGAACUGGGAGCCGGGGGACGACCCCUGGCAGGAGCACGCCAAGUGGUUUCCACGAUGUGAGUUUCUGAUCCAGGAGAGAGGGCAGGAUUACAUCAGCAACGUGCAGGACUCUCACUUCCACCUGGACGACACCAGCGGAUCGCAGAGCUCCGCAGGCAGAGACGCGGGCUCCAGAAACGAUGUGGUGGGCGGUCUGGCGGCCUCCUCGGCCAUGCUUUCCCCCGUGGUGCAGACGGUGCUGCAGAUGGGCUUCGAGGCGGCCCUGGUGGAGAGCCUGGUCAGGACCAGGUUCCUCCUGACGGGGCAGCACUACACCUCCGUGUCCAACCUGGUGUCCGACGUGCUGCAGGCGGAGCAGGAGGACCAGCGGGGGUCCCGGAGCGCCGAGGCAGAGACGACGGAGGGGUCCAACGCUGCCACCGUGAGGACACCAACACCCAUCAGACAGAAAGCGACGGACCCGAGCCCCGAGGAGCUGCUGCGGCAGUUGCAGGAGGAGAGGACCUGCAAGGUGUGCAUGGACAAGCUGGUGUCCAUCGUCUUCAUCCCCUGCGGACACCUGGUGGUGUGCGCCGACUGCGCCGCCAGCCUGCGGCACUGCCCCAUCUGCAGGGCCGUCAUCAGGGGCAGCGUCCGGGCCUUCAUGUCCUGAGGGGCCUUCAUGUCCCGAGGGGCCUUCAUGUCCUGAGAGGCCUUCAUGUACCCGAGGGGCCUCGUGCUGAUUCCAAUAAAUAAUCAGUGACCGCUGACUUUUUAAUACCGUU